AUGUAUAGCGACUCUAGGGUCAGGACUUUUACGUCUCUUGGAAUGCCCUGUAUUUCUUUCCACAUGUCGACAUCUUUUACGAUUAAUUACGCCCAGGGCGACCAGAAGCCAGAUGUCUCAUUCCCAAACACACCUGAUCUCUCACGAUCGCACUCGUACGAUUCUCAGGCCAGCGGUCACGACAGCCCCCUGACCCCAAAUAGCGCCUAUCACGAACCACUCUUCCCAAAUGUCGCAGGUACUAUGGAGGUCAGGACUCCCACUACUCCUGAGCUGAGCCGGAGGAGGAGUUCCAACCCUUACAGCGCCAUGUUCGGAGCUGCUUCGUCCUCGUCAACGAGCCUCGACGAUUUCCACUACCGCCAUGGCCUCGACACCCCCCACAGACAAAAGCGCUACCCAUGCAAGGACCCGAACUGCGACAAGUCAUUCACAACCUCUGGUCAUGCCUCGCGCCACGCCAAGAUCCACGAAGGGCUCAAGCCAAUCUCAUGCACUUUCGCUGGAUGCCCCAAGCGCUUUACCCGCCAGGACAACAUGAAGCAGCACCUCGAGACCCAUCGCAGGGAGAAGUCGCGCGCGUCGGUCAGAGGAGCCGGCCGGCCCUCUCUAGCUUCCCGCCGACAGUCGGCAUCGAGCAGAGGCAGCAUCAGCAGGUUUUCCUCGCCCAGGGACACCUCUCCCCUAUUGUCGCCCGCCAUCCAGUCCGCUUCUCUGCUGCCUUCUGGUCUGCAGGAGGCAUUACAUCGACCUUCGAUCGCCUCAAGGACUCCCAGCGGCCUUGACGCCCUGGCCAUGGUCGCCGCGACCGAGUCGGCUACCGAGGAAGCGGCACAGCGCCAAGCAGAGCACCAACACUACUGGCGAUCCUCUCAGUAUUAGAUUCAACCCCCUCGGGAUCUUGUUGGCGUGCAAAAGGAAAAGAAAAAAUUCCUAGAGCGCUUGUUCACGCAAACACACACGUACUACGACAAUCUCGUUGCAGUCCAAUGACAAUUUAACAUUCUCCUUUUCACUUUGGGUACCUCUUCUCCACAAUUCGGACGGUUGGGUCUCGGGCCACGACAUAUACCCUUCAUGCGGCUUUCCUUUUUUUUUCCCCUUUAAUAUCAUGAACGGUGCAAGUUAUCGGAUAGGCUGGGUUAUGAAUGGCUGCACGUAUACGCAUAGCAAUGACCAUUUACAAGGCGGUUGGGGGUCUCAAAGGUUUUCUUUGGACACAAUAAUUCGAAUUGGCGUCAUGGAUCUGCAUUUUUCCUUUUUCCACUUUCAUUCAUCUACACACACGAGAGAGGAAAGAAUCACCGACGCUGGGCACGGGCAGUGGAUCUUAGACCCACGAGGCAACGAACUUUUUCUUCAGUCCCGAGAACC